AUGCCGCUGCAGCAGCAACUGGCUAUGGUGCCACUUUUGUUAUCAUAUCCGACAGUGAUUCUUUCUAAUGACCUCAUACUACCAAUUGAAUUGGGUUUCCGUCGGAUAUUGAUUUUACCUUUAUUUUCAGCAACUACUUCGACUGCAGUUGCUUGUGCUUUUAAACCGGGCUUGCCUUCACAAGCGGUCUUUUUUCUAUGGGCGGUAGCGUUUCUUCUGUUCGAGUUGGCGCUUCUAUUGGGUCCCGUACAAGCCUCUUCUUUAUUUCUAAUGGUUACCGAAUUGGUCUUGGCGGUUGAUGCUGAAGGUGGUCGUAGAUCGCGCUUAUCUACCAUGGGGAAGCAGUUAGUACCGUUGCCAUUGAUUAGUGUUGCCAUUGCCUGGGCUAGAGGGCGCAACUAUAAAGCAUUAUUGACACCUUGUUUGGCAUAUUUAGCUCUCACAGCGGUGGUAAUAGUAGCGUAUCCAAGAGCUACUGCUCUAUUAAAGACCGCUAAAAGACAACAACAACGACAAGAACAAGAACAAGAACAAGAGCAAGAACAGCAGCAGCAACAGCAACAGCAACAGCAGCAAGAAACGUUCCAACAUCAUCAUGAUGAAGCACCAAUAAAGAGUGUAAGAGUUAAAUCUACAGUUAUACCAUUAGUGACAUUUGCAUUUUUUCUGGGAUUAUACCUUUUAUCAUCUUUACAACCAUUAAUGGUAUUUGUCUUUAUCGGCUGUUUGGCGAUUUUCUUCCUUUCAUUAUCAGAUGUAAUUGGAGAACAGGGGCCUGAUUUCGUCUUACAACAUUGGAUUGUUUGUGCUGUUGGUAUUUCAGCAGCCAUUUUACAAUACCUUUCAUUUAACGCUGUAUCUGCAUCAAUAACUGGUGAUCUUUUAACUGGUAUUUUUGUCGCAUUGUGUGAAUUUAUAUCACAGCGUAUUAUUGGAUUUUCUUCAACUACCGCUGCUGCUUCAAAUAAUUCCGCCAGUGGUCAAGAUUCCUCUUAUAAGCAUCCGCAUUCUCAUCAUCACGCUCAUGCACAUGAACAAAGCGUUCUGUCACAAGUAGCUCAUGAUCCUGGUACUAGAUCUAUCUUUUCAUUCUUAUUGCUCAACACAACUUUUAUGUUUGUGCAAUUGCUCUACUCAUUUAGGUCUAGGUCUUUGGGACUUUUGUCAGAUUCAUUACACAUGGCUCUAGAUUGUACCUCAUUGCUGUUGGGUCUCGUUGCUGGUGUACUUGCCAAGAGACCGCCAAGCGAUAAAUACCCAUUGGGACUAGGUCAUUUGGAGACUUUGGCAGGUUUUACCAAUGGUGUACUUCUCUUGGGGAUUGUAUGUGGAAUCUUUGUGGAAGCCUUUUCUCGUUUACUUCAUCCAACCGCUGUACAAGAAACGAGUGAAUUGUUAGUGGUUGCCACACUGGGGCUCGUGGUUAACUUGUUUGGACUAUUGGCAUUUGACCAUGGUGGUCAUGCUGAGGAUUCAAAUAAUGAAAACAUGAGAGGGAUAUUCUUACACAUCUUGGCAGACACAUUGGGAUCUGUUGGUGUUAUCGUGUCCACUAUACUCAUCAAGAUAACUAAAUUUCAUAUAUUUGAUCCCAUCGCCUCCAUAUUCAUUGGGUCUUUGAUUCUGUUAAGUGCUAUUCCUUUACUAAAGUCCACUAUUUCAUCCAUGCUACUGAGGUUGGAUGAUAGAAAGCAUAAUUUGGUGAAAACCGCUCUUAAUCAAAUCUCGACCACCCCAGGAAUUACGGGUUAUACUACGCCAAGGUUUUGGCCUGCAUCAUCUGAAGGAUCUGCUCAUUCGCAUUCCCAUUCGCAUUCCCAUUCGCAUUCCCAUUCUCACUCUCAUCAAGCCGACUGUGAUAAUGACCAUGAUCAUCACAACCAAAAGGAUACCUGUACUCUCGUCGGCUACAUCCAUGUACAACAUGCGGAAGGUGAAAAUUCUACUAUUAUAAAGAAAAGAGUUGAAAAGAUCUUUCAAGGUGUGGGGAUCAGAGCUUGGAUGCAAGUGGAGCCAAGUGAUUCACCAUGCUGGUGCAGAGCACGUUCAAUGGCACAAAGUGUUACACUGCAAUCAAAGGCAAACCCUUGA